UUGAGCUAUUACAAAAAAACGGAUCAGCGCCAUGUCUGAUUCUCCAGUUGUGGAAUAGAGAACAGGACACCUAAACAAUUUAAUUCCAGGGUCGGGGAUCCCGUUCGGUCUCGAGGAUGUCCGGGAGCGCAGGGAUUCAGCAGGGCUCCCCGGCCAUCGGUGCAGCGGGAUCGGCGCCUGCGGCUCCGGGAGCCGGGGGAACGGAGGGUUCGGGCGCCACGGUAGGUUCGGCACGAAUCGCCGUGAAGAAGGCGCAGCUCCGCUCCUCCCCGCGCCCGAAAAAACUGGAGAAGCUCGGAGUUUAUUCAUCUUGCAAGGCUGAGGGGGCCUGUAAGUGUAACAGCUGGAAGAGCCAGAACCCCCCUCCCACACCACCCAGUACGGACCAGCAGCCCAACACUGUCAACCUUCAGGAGCCCUGCCGUAGCUGCUCUCACACACUGGGUGAUCAUGUGACCCACCUGGAGAACGUCUCAGAGGAGGAGAUGAACAGGCUUCUGGGUAUUGCCCUGGACGUGGAGUAUCUGAACACAUGUGUCCACAAAGAGGAGGACGCUGACACCAAACAAGUCUACUUCUCCCUCUUCAAGCUGUUGAGGAAAUGCAUCCUACAGAUGGGCAAACCUGUGGUGGAGGCACAGGAGAGUCCUCCGUUUGAGAAACCUAGCAUCGAACAGGGGGUGAAUAACUUUGUCCAGUACAAGUUCAGCCAUCUUCCCUCCAAGGAGCGUCAGACCAUCGUGGAGCUGGCCAAGAUGUUCCUCAACCAGAUCAACUACUGGCAGCUGGAGACACCCUCACAGAGACGACAGCGGGCGCCUGCUGAUGAUGCCGCCGGGUACAAAGUCAACUACACCAGAUGGCUGUGCUACUGCAACGUCCCCCAGUUCUGUGACAGUCUGCCGCGGUACGAGACGACCCAGAUCUUUGGUCGGACCCUGCUGCGCUCCGUCUUCACUGUAAUGAGGAAACAGCUGCUAGAGCAGGCCAGGCAGGAGAAGGAUAAGCUACCCCCAGAGAAACGCACUCUCAUCCUCACACACUUCCCCAAAUUCCUGUCCAUGUUAGAGGAGGAGGUGUACAGUCACAGCUCUCCCAUCUGGAGUGAAGACUUCCUGGCUGGAUCCUCAGGAGGACCGAUCCCCAUCCAUACAGUGAUCAGUGCGCCCCCGGUGGCCAGGCCUCUGUACUACAGCACCAGCCCAGUAGCAGUGGACCCAUCCAGCUGUGGCAGUGUCAGUCCUGCCAGGAAGACCGCCUCUGCUCUGGAACCCAGUCCAGGUGGGCAGAAGCGGAAGCCAUCAGAGCCCCUCCCCCAUGAGGAGACUAAGAAGCUCAGGAUUGUUGGGGACAUCCCCAUGGAACUCAUCAACGAAGUCAUGGCAACCAUCACCGACCCUGCCUCCAUGCUGGGACCAGAGACCAGUCUGCUGUCGGCCCACUCAGCCCGUGAUGAGGCGGCCCGCCUGGAGGAGAGGAGGGGGGUGAUAGAGUUCCAUGUCAUUGGGAACUCCCUCAACCAGAAGCCCAACAAGAGGAUCCUCAUGUGGCUGGUGGGCCUCCAGAAUGUCUUCUCUCACCAGCUGCCUCGCAUGCCCAAAGAGUACAUCACACGCCUCGUCUUCGACCCGAAGCACAAGACUCUGUCGCUGAUCAAAGAUGGCCGUGUGAUCGGAGGGAUCUGCUUCCGGAUGUUCCCCUCGCAGGGCUUCACAGAGAUCGUGUUCUGUGCCGUCACCUCCAACGAGCAGGUCAAGGGAUACGGCACUCACCUGAUGAACCAUCUGAAGGAGUACCACAUCAAGCAUGACAUCCUCAACUUCCUCACCUACGCAGACGAGUACGCCAUUGGCUACUUCAAAAAGCAGGGCUUCUCUAAAGACAUCAAGGUUCCCAAGGCCAAGUAUCUGGGCUACAUCAAAGACUAUGAGGGAGCGACGCUGAUGGGCUGUGAGCUCAACCCCAGCAUCCCUUACACUGAGUUUUCUGUCAUUAUCAAGAAGCAGAAGGAGAUCAUAAAGAAACUGAUAGAGAGAAAGCAGGCUCAGAUCAGAAAGGUCUACCCAGGACUUUCCUGUUUUAAGGAAGGAGUUCGACAGAUUCCCAUCGAGAGCAUUCCUGGAAUACGAGAAACUGGAUGGAAACCGGUGGGCAAAGGGAAAGAGCUGAAGGAUCCAGAUCAGCUGUACAGCACCCUGAAGACCAUCCUACAACACGUUAAGAGUCACCAGAAUGCCUGGCCGUUCAUGGAACCAGUGAAGAAGACUGAGGCUCCUGGCUACUACCAAGUCAUCCGCUUCCCCAUGGACCUGAAGACGAUGUCGGAGCGUCUGAAGAGCAGGUACUACACCACGCGGAAGCUCUUCAUGGCCGACAUGCAGCGCAUCUUCACCAACUGUCGCGAGUACAAUCCGCCAGAGAGCGAGUACUACAAGUGUGCCAACCUGCUAGAGAAGUUCUUCUACACCAAGAUCAAGGAGGCAGGCCUCAUUGAGAAGUGAAGAGAUGGGAGGGGCUUCAAGGGAAAUGGGAGGGGCUUCAAGAAAGAGGGAGCAAUGGCUUAAGUCUAAUGAUUUCAAAAGGUACCAGUCAAAAGUUUGGACACACCUACUCAUUCCAGGGUUUUUCUUUAUUUUUACUAUUUUCUACAUUG